CCUCCAUAGUAAACCAACAUGUGGAAAUCGGAAAUCUUCGCUCUCCUUGGACUGCUGAUCUUCAUCAGUCCUUGUUGGAUGUCUCCUCCAAUUCGUGACUGCACUGCUAAUGGAACUCAGACCAGCUGCCCCCCCAAUUGUCCAGAAACUUGUGAAUCUAAUGGUGUUGGCCUCUGUGAUAGAUCUUGCGGAGGUCCUUGUGUAUGCAAGCCAGGAUACGUAAUUGACCAGAGGAUUCCUGCUUGUGUUUUGCGAUCUGAUUGCCCAAAAGAUGUGGUUCAAGCAGAUGGAGCAACUGUAGUUCGGAAUUUCAAUUGCUUUUCUAAGAGUCCCUGCAAUUGAUUCACAAGGAGAUCAUGGAGAUCUAUUUAGAGACUCGAGAAUAAAAGUAUUUGGCAUUUCCAUUAACCAAAGUUAAUUCAUUCUGAAGUUAAAAUCAUUAUCCACACUUAAUGUAAUCGGUUUCACUUAAAACUAAAUAAAAAGACGCUUUGAUUGGAUAA